AUGGGAGCGAUCAAAUCGCGUCCAGCAGAAGCGGGCCAAGUAAAAAGCAAAGCUACGGGGGCACAUACUCCGUUACCAGAAGACGUACAACCUUAUCAAGGCUCGCCUCUCGAAUGUUUAUUAGUCACAAUACCGGUAAACAUGAGCAGCCAUUUUGUCUCGGGUGUUAGUGCUGGCAGAACAGCAGUUACAAGUAAUGUGGAUGCUUAUUAUCCUACCAUUGCUGGCUAUCUGCAACAAGGGUAUAGCCUGAAUACAUUCUACCGUGUCCCAGGAUCAUCUAGUAUGGCUGGUUUUGGCCAAGCUCAGAUCCCAUUUGAAGCACUGUAUAGCAGGCCUGUUGGCAGGCCAGCGAGUCAAGAUGGUAGUCGGUUAUUGGUUGAAAAAUCAACGAUGCAUUUGCAGCAUUUUCGAGGUGGGAUCCUCUCGACUUCGACACCCCUCGGGACUGUUGCCGAUACCUCGGAUAUCAUGAAUAAGAUCAUACACCAUAGUUCAAUGGGCGGACGGUUAAUUUGUGUCGAAAUCAACGGACAGGUUGUCACACAGGGCAUGUCCGCUGCAAUGUCUGGGAUAAGUGAAGGGAUUGGCGUUGACGUCCUAUUUGAAAUUCCCAACCAACCUACACCAGCAAAAUAUUUGUAUCAUGUUAUUAAUGUUCCCAUCGGUAUCACAGUUAAGAUGGGUCUUUCACCACGACCCACAGUGCAUUGUGAUUGGUUAGGUACACUAGCUUUGUAUUUAAAUCAAGGUUGGAAAUUAGUGGAAAUUUUUCUUGAUCAAUCUCAACAACGUGCUGGUGGAUUUUCAACGGCAGGCAGUAUGAAUUCUGUAUGGUUUUUUGAAAAAGAAUCAUCCAAAGUUCAAGAUCCAACACCGAUUUACCAAGGCGCUGUUAUUGAAUAUAUCCAUAGGGUGUCAAUGGGUUUCACAGGAACGUCCGUGAAGACUGAUUGGAGUCCAGUAAUUGUGGAGAUGGGUCGACGUGGAUGGGAGCUAUCGUGUAUUCAAGAAACCCCAGAAGCAUAUCAGUCAGGCUUUGGGAAAAUAGAAAUGAAGCUGAUUAUGUUCUUUCAACGAAAGAUUAUUGCUGGAGAUGUCGCACCACCCCCAUACCCCGGACCUUCACCUGCCAUAAACCCCCCUGGUCAAUGUUCAGCAACUCCUUACCCCCCUGGACAACCUUCAGAAACACCUCCCUACUCAGAAAAGCCUGAUGUGCCAAGUUAA